AUGACUUCGAUAACUCCUACUGCCUCGCGUCCGGUCGUGGCCAUUGCCGGGGCCACCGGCCAUUUGGGUCGGCAUGUCGCAUCUGCAUUUCUCUCUCCUCCUUUCCGUGACCACUUUUCCGAGAUCAUUAUACUGUCACGACAAGAUUCUUCCCUAUCCUUAGUUCCAGAAGUAAAUGGCAAAUACACUACCCGCAAAUACGAUGAGGACAAUCUUGUCGACGCUCUUCGAGACGUUCAGGUCCUUGUGAACACGGUCGGUCCAUCGGGACAUUCAUUUAAAGAGAAACUUGUCCAGGCACUUCCCCAUACCAAGGUGCAGGUUUACUUCCCCUCCGAAUUUGGAGUUGAUCACUAUGUUCAUGACUUCUCGCACCUGGAAUGGGACCAGAAGAAGAAGCAUUUUGCUCUAGCUCAGCGACUUCCGAACGUGAAAACAUGUCGUAUUUUCUGUGGUCUCUUCCUGGAAGACAGUAUCGGGCCGUGGUUUGGCUUCGAUACUAAGAAUGGAAAAUACGAAAGCGUGGGGUCUCGUCACACCCCCAUUUCCUUCACUUCGCUCGACGAUGUGGGAAAGACUGUUGCUUCCUUGGCCGCUCUUCCCAAGGAGAAGAUCCCUGAGAUUGUUCAUGUGGGUGGCGAUACUCGCUCCUUUGCUGAGACUGCCGAGAUCAUGCAAGCGGCUGGAGCUGGUCCCAUCCAAGUCACAGAGAUAUCACUUCAGAAUUACAAGGAGGAGGCUACGGCCACCACUUCAUGGGACCCGGCCAAGUACCUGCGAUUUUUGAUGGGUGAAGGCAAAAUCAAUCACACCACUGACGGAUUGGGUAGCGAGAACGAGUUGGUGAAUCCGGAUGGGCUGUGGACAUGGACCAGCCUGGUUGAUUUGGCUGCCGAAUCUAACGGUCGGCCUUGGAAAGAAUUUGCCUGGCCCUCGGAACAAUAG